AUGACAAAAGUUUUAUCACAUACGAAAGAAAGGCGACAAUCUGGUGAACACCGACGGUCAACACUACGAACCUGGUUUGGAUGCCUUGGAAAGGGCAUAAUCUUAGACUUUCGCGCAAGAGCACCUUGGUAUUGGAGUGACUGGGUUGACGCCUGGAAUUACCGCAUCAUCCCAGCCACAGCUCUGAUUUUUUUUGCCAAUGUACUCCCAGAAAUUGCCUUCGCAUUAGAUUUAAUAGAGACCACAGAACAAUACGGCGUAACAGAAAUUCUACUGUCAUCCUUUAUGGCAGCAUUUAUUUUCUCCGUCUUUGGCGCCCAACCACUCACCAUCGCUGGUGUUACUGGUAUGUUGUAUGUGUUAAACCCUGCUGGUGCAGGUUGA